ACGAAAUAAUGUUCUUGACACCCCUCGAUAAUUUCGAUAAUACCCUUGGCCAAGUGUAUUAAAGGGGAUUGACUAACUCCGGACAUUUGACAUGGCCAAUUAUACAAACUGGUUUUUGAAUGCUCCAAAAAUAACAAUAUUCGCACAAUCCCCAGUCAGCUGGCGGAGAGCAAUGCCGAUCAGUGCCACCACCACCUGUGACUGCUGCUGCCGCCUUUCCCGCCCCAAGGUAAGACACGUGAACGGGGCUAUCCGCUGAGUCAUCCUUGCGAUCGAACCGCUCCACUAGCCACGAAAGGGGGAUUUUCAGCCUCGACGCGGAAUUCACCACCACGGAGAGAAAAACGCGAGCGAUCGAUGGCGGUUUCUUCCAGCUGUUCGGUGCCGUCAGAGCGUCAAACGCGUUCUAACACUCGCAGCGAGCGGAGCGUGGUCGCAAUCAAUUUAUAGCGCCUACAAGCUUUAUCACUUCGACGUGCGCAUCUCACGUAGCAGAUAAGCAGGAGAUUUCCCCAACAUAACAAAAUGACUACUGAGAAACUACUACAUGGCUGUCUGGGCGAUGUCUGCGAGCUGGGUAUUCAGGGAGCUGCUACGGUCUCCUCCAGCGCCUAUGGAGGAUUCUACUUUGGCUUCUGCACGCUGAUCUCGCACUUUCUACUAGCGGGCAUUACCGUGGCCGUGGUGUACAAGUGUCUGGUGAUGAAGCUGGAGCACACGGCGGGUCAUGCCUUCUAUUGUACAAUCGCCUUUGUCUUCUUCAUGGGCGAAGCAUUACUUGUACGAAACAGCAUUACCUUGGAGUCCUGGCUGGGACCACUGAACCUCAACCGCUUACACGCUGCCCUGGGCCUGUUGUCCCUUCUGGUCGGUGUCGGUGGCAUAGCCAUCAAGACUUUGCAGAAGCUGGAGCGCAAACGAGAAGAUCCAAAUGCCACAGUUAGACACUUUCGCAGCAAUCAUGGCUUCUACGGCAUUCUCGGCUGUGGUCUUUUGCUGGGUAGCGUUCUCAGCGGUCUUCCGCUGUAUUUCAUCAACGGCGGUGGUAGUGGUGUCUUGACCUUGAAACUACUCCAUCGUUUCUUUGGAUUGGCUGGAUUUCUCGCCCUGAUGGUGUCGCAAAUGUUCGGCUACAAUACCGGCUUCGGUAGGAGACAGUGGAAGCCACAUCACCAGAAGCUGUUCAAGUUCUUUACAUUUAUUGCAACCAUAACGACGGUGAACUACGAAUUUCGUACUUUUGCCCGGGAUAUCAUAGGACUUGCAGGGCAAUAUCUCUUUGGUAAUGAGACAGCAGCAGAAGCCAGAGUUGAUCUUUGAGCGUAUGAUUGUUGCUCUGGGAAAGCAUUGAUACCUCAUCGAAACAAGAGUUCCGAAAAAUAAGUAUUGUAGGUGUAUCGAAUACCGAAGGGAACCAUACAGGGUGCCACUGAAUCGUUGUGGAUUUUAUGCUAAGAAUUAGGAAAUACAAUUUUGUUGUAUUGCUAAGACACCCUUAAAUUUAAUUUAAAAUCAAUUAAGGUUUCUCUGGCACCCUUGAUAACCUCCAAGUUUGGAUGGUAAUUCUUUUGGCAGUUUUUAAAAAUUGCAAAACAAAUUACGCCCGUAGCGGAGUUUUGUUAUCUAGUCCGUAAAGGUCUUAGGUGGAAUCAAU